UUUAAUCAAUUCUAAUUUUUUGGCAGGCUCAGAUAUAAAAAUUCUACAUCUUUGGCCAAGUCAUGAGGUUUUUGUAGAUGCCAUUGUGCCCUGAAUUUUCCCUCUGAAGAGAAGUAUAUACCUAUGCCAAAAAUAUCAUGAAGCCUCAAAUCAGAACUCAAUCAUGAAGAAGCACACUGUUUUUACUAUUGUAUUUGUUGUUUUUUAUUUGAUUUCACAAAUCAAUCUAAGUUUGGCACCUUCUACUAAAAAUUUAGGAGAGACCUCAGGGGAUAGCCAAGACAGGGAUGUCAUUUUACCAAGAAUUAAAGCUGAAGAUCAAACAGCUAUUUCUCAGGAUCCUGCCAAGGCAUCUGCAAAUGAAACCUUGAAAGCUGAAGUGAACAUCAACACUCUGACAAACAAUCAAGUAGCAGCAGGAAAUGGGGAUCCUAGCCUCAUCAACUUGAAUGGGAAAAUUCCAUCAGUAACUCUGAGUGAGGUCAAACCAGAACUGCAACAAGAAGGCAUCUUGCCUCAGUCUAUUAAGCCUAAUGAAGGUCCUAUCAAAUCAAUUGAACUUUCUGCUCAACAGCAACACCAGGAUAACACAGUGACUAUUAAUAUCAACAGUCAACUGAACAAUGGUCAUGAACAGGAUACUAUCACAACAGCUCCAUCUCAGACCUUGGUCCUCAAAGUUGGGAACACUACACUUGGCAAUGCAUGCUUGCUGUCCAAAGACUCAGUCCGUCAAUUGGUCCAGUAUUAUCCACAACACUGCUUGCCAGCAUCAGUUGAUGACACAGAAAGGAAUGAGUUCAUUGGUAAUCUCACCGAUUCAUGCAAUGAAAGCGAGGAUCUGCCAGCAGUUGGUGCUGCUGAAAAGGAGCAUCUGUCUUCACUAUCAAUCUUUCUCAUCUUGUGCAUAUUAGGGCUGUGUGUUCUACUCAUAUUCUUCAUGCUGAAGACCAAGCUGCAUUAUCUCCCUGAAAGUGUGGCGUGCGUCAUAGUUGGUGCAUUUAUUGGGUUGGUGCUGAAGAUUCUUUCCAGUCAAAACAUUGCCAAUUUCCAGAAAGAAGAAGCCUUUUCACCGACAAUAUUCUUUUUGGUGUUCUUGCCUCCAAUUAUUUUUGAGUCUGGCUACAAUCUGCAUAAGGGUAAUUUCUUCCAGAACAUUGGAAGCAUUCUCGUGUUUGCCAUACUGGGCACCAUAGUGUCGGCCCUUGUGAUAGGUGGAGGCAUUUACCUACUAGGCAAGGCAGAUGUUGUAUACCAGCUGACAUUUGUUGAAAGCUUCGCAUUUGGAUCUCUGAUCUCUGCGGUGGAUCCUGUAGCUACACUGGCUUUGUUCAAUGCCCUGCAAGUGGAUCCCAUCCUCUACAUGUUGGUCUUUGGAGAGAGCAUCCUCAACGACGCGGUUGCCAUCGUUCUUACUACAUCUGUGUUGGACCUCGCCUCGUACGGUGAUAUGAGUCCUGGGGAAGGUCUGCUCUAUUUCGUGUGGCGGUUUUGCCUCAUGUUUCUUGGGUCUGCUGGCAUUGGCGUCUUCUUUGGCCUCUUGUCUGCCAUCACUCUCAAGCACAUCGCCUUGAGAGACUACACCUCCCUCGAGCUCUGUAUCCUCAUUAUAUUCAUUUAUGCUCCCUAUGCUCUGGCCGAAGGAAUACAUCUCUCUGGGAUCAUGGCUAUUCUGUUCUGCGGGGUUGUGAUGUCACACUACACGCACUACAACUUGUCGCCUGUGCUGCAAAUCACAGUUCAGCAUCUCAUGCGCACGCUCGCCUUCACCUCCGAGUGCAUCGUCUUCAUCUACCUCGGCAUGGCGCUCUUCAGCUUCCAGCACCAGUUUCAGGUGGCGCUGCUGUGCUGGAGCAUUGUUCUCUGCCUCGUCGCCAGAGCCUGCAACAUCUUUCCUCUCGCGUGCCUUGUGAAUAAAUUUCGUGACCAUCCCAUCACCCCCAAGAUGAUGUUCGUCAUGUGGUUCAGUGGUUUGAGAGGAGCGAUCGCGUAUGCACUGUCCCUUCACCUGGAGUUCAGCGAUGAGAAGCGUCGAGUGCUCGUCACAACUGCGCUCUUCAUCGUGCUCUUCACCAUCUUCAUCCUGGGAGGCUCUGUUGUACCGCUAAUUAAGUAUGUUGAAGUGGACGCUAAGAAAAGCAUCAAGAAAGUGCGGAAGAAGAAGACUCUGACGCUGAGUAAAACACGCGAAUGGGGACAAGCUGUAGACUCGGAACACAUGUCGGAAAUGACGGAAGAAGAGAGCAGUGAAGGGCCCAGAGUUGCUAUCUUGAACGGACACCAGCAACUUGGAGGCUUCCUGAAACUCGACAAGGAAUAUUUGCGUCCAUUUUUCUGCCGCAACCUCACACAUCAAGAGGUUCGGUCUCAUGCAAUCGACUUGAAGCGUCAGUGCUACCAAUCGCUCAACGUGGUCCCAUCGGAUUCUGAAGACGAGAUGAUCAACAUUUAGGUAACGCAGCACCAGCCCUGCUCCUUGUGAAGCCUCUCGGGAUCUCAGUGUGGGAUAGUUUUCUAACCUUAUUGGUUUGCUCUCACGUCGUAGCAGCGUUGUUGACGUGAAUACCACACUGUCUGUCAUUCAGGAAGUAAAUAGUCCUUUAUUUUUUUUGUGCUGUGGUGUACAAUUAAUGUCUAGGUAAGGUUUUACGAGUUCGAGCUAUUACUCCAGAAGUGUUAUCUUUAAAUUUUAUUUAUUUUUCACGAAUAUUGCCCAGGUACCUAUAUUGUUAUUUCUAAUGUUUACGCUCACCAUUCUCGGUAGUUUUCAGAGAAUUACGUACUCUAGGAUAAGUUUGUUGUAACUAGUCAACCUCUUGGUUUUGGGAGCUGCUAUGCGGUGUGGUAUUGCCAGCUCAGUUGUAAGGGCAUAGCUAAAAAAAAAGUCUGCACUUCUGGGACUAAGGCGAUAUUAAUGCAAUGAGGAACCAAAAAGUUUGGAUCUUACUGCUGGAUUUAUAAAAUUGCAUCAUUAUGCCAAGCAAGCUGGAGAAGAGCUUAGCUUAUGUCUUUGAAUCAAGGUUUUGUCGUGUAUCUCUCGUGUGCGAUGUGCCUUAUAUUACACUAUCCUUCGCCGCAUUAUGACUGAACAUUUUUUCGAAGGGCUUUUUCUGUUGCAUUGGUACUUACGGUAACGGUGAGAGCUUUUAUAAAGCUUAUAUGUGUGAAACUUGCUAGGGAAGCAGAAAUUACAGCGGUUCAUACUUACGUGCGAAAUAGAUGCUAUGGCUUACGCUAGUUGAUCUCGCCCAUCUACAAUAUUAUAUCCAAUACUUAGCCUGUUAUGUUGCUAGAAAUAUGAAGGCAAGGCAGAAGUGGAACUUUGCGUAAUAAAUGACUUCGAUUAGGGAAAUUUCUGUGAUCAAGUCUCUACGUUGCAUCAUUAGUUUUGAAUGCAGUUUCCACAAUACUUCAAAAUGUUUAUACAGGAGAGAAGUGCCAUCCCUACCCAUUAAAUCUUAGUGGCUCCUCUUUCGGCAAAGCUUGGAGCCAUGCCAUUUCUUGUUACGCUUCAAAUGGCCCCAACUUGACGCAAGGAGCCAAAAAUCAUUCGUUUGCCAGUUUCUAUCCGAGCUUUGGCCAGGAAAUGUAUUUGUAUGAAUUUUUCUCUGCCGUCAUUUACAUAUAUAAAUGUUUGUAUGGAGGCUAAAGACUUAUCGACGAUUGACACGUUUUUUACGCUUGCUUUGAUUUUGUUACAAAUAUAAAUCCGGUCAAGUUCAACUGUUGAGAACACACAAGGAUUGGACGCUUCACCAGCCGGUUUACUUAACGGAAGAAAGCAAUUUUAAAUUAAGGCUACAUGUGAACUAUUUAUACUAGAUAAUAAAAUUAUUUUUCA